AUGGUAGUUACUAGAAGAACGGUCCCAGAAGAUCCUAACGAGGUUGCCACCGUUGAGCCGUCGAAUGCAAAUGCUGUUCGAAGGACUCAAGGCCAGAAUUCUGUUGCUCAACCAACGACUUCUGUCGGGACGAGGAACACUCAGUGGAACCAAGAACUUAGUGACGCCUUCCUUACCAAUUUUAUUGGCGAGAAGAAGAAGCUGAAACCUCCAGCGCACCUGAACAACAUAGUUCAGAAAGAGGGAGAAUUGCUGAAAGACUAUAUCAAACGAUUCAACUUCGAAUCGCUCCAAGUUCGGAAACAUUCGGAGGAGACAGCACUCAACUUCAUCAUGCAAGGUGUAAGGGACAAGCCAUUCUUGGCGUCCUUAGACAAGAAUCCACCCGAAACUUUAGCGGAAUUCAUGAUUCGAUUGGAUAAAUAUGCAGACGCUGAAGAAACAUGGAACUUUCGCGAGGCCAUCCAGAAUGCAAAAACCACGGCCAAAGGUUCGGCCAAAAAUGAGGUUGACUCGGCCGGAGGAAAAAAGCGGAAGGACGACCGAAAGAGCGACGAACGCAAGUCAAGCACGCGACCUGAUCGAAUGUUCUCUACAUACACCCCGCUUAACAAACCUCGAGAACAGGUGCUGAUGGAAAUCAAAAGUGAAGGAUUCGUGAGUUGGCCAAAUAAGCUUCGGAGUAAUCCAAACCGGCGGAACAAGGACAAGUACUGUCACUAUCAUCGCAAUCACGGUCAUAGUACAAGUGAUUGUUAUCAUUUGAAGGAGGAGAUUGAAAGGCUUAUCCGAGAAGGUCGCUCAAAGAACACGUCGAGAGAACAGAAACAACGGAAGAACGACCGGGUGACGACCGACCUACGGAAGAAAUCCAAACGAUAG